AAUGAGCCCUCCGCCCACAAAACCCAAGGACAUUUCACUCUCUCAGCUGUGCCAACACGGCUGUUAAACAAUAAAACUUUCAAAUAUUUACCGAAGCCUAAUAACACAACAACUAAGUGGAAAUUAUACGGAUAUGUGAAGGUGUGUCUCCUUUCGCAACCGGAAACAGUGUAGUGUGUGUUAGUGUUAACACGUCAGUACAGAUGAACUCAUGAGUGAAGCAGGCCGAGAAGUUUCAGGUCAGAAACACACGGGAUUUAUCUGGAUCCUGGAUGUUGAUUGUUUAAUUACAGGCAGAAGGCUUUAUCGAUACAUGAUCAGCGCAGGAACACGUUUGGAGAGUCUCAACGGCUGUUUUAGGGAGUUUUGAACAGGCGGAGCGGCGGCGGCUUCUGCUGGUGGAAAAUGCCUCUGUUUCCAUGGAGUUUGUGUUUGUGUGCGGCGCUGUGCGUUCUGCCGGCGGUGCGAGCGGAUGCUGAAGAUGCUUCACUGCUGGGCGGCUGGCAGGACGUGUGGCUCUUCCGCUUGUUCCUCAAUGUUUUGGGCUACGCCACCAUCAUCAUCCCUGGAUAUUUCCUAAUCAGCUACUUCAAACGAAUCAAUUAUCUAGAAACAGCUUACAGCCUCCAGAGUGAUACUGGAUACGGCAGUAAUGAAGGCCGUGGGAUUUGCUUUCCUCUCAUAAAGACGUGUGUGUUUGGGAAUGAAUCUAAAACUGGACUGCUGGAUGAUGUUUCAACGGCGGCCAGAAACGACUCUGAAUCCAGUUCAUCAGCUCGACAGGCCUUCAAAUUGAUCUUCUGUGCUGCUGGACUCCAGGCGUCAUACCUGACAUGGGGCGUCCUUCAGGAGCGGGUGAUGACGCGCUCCUACGGCGCCACGGAGGUGGAAGGCAGCGGCGAGCGCUUUAAAGAUUCCCAGUUUCUGGUGUUCAUGAACCGCAUUCUGGCCUUGACGGUGUCUGGCCUGUGGUGCGUCCUGUUCAAACAGCCCCGCCAUGGUGCGCCCAUGUACAAAUACUCCUUCGCUUCACUGUCGAACAUCCUCAGCAGCUGGUGCCAGUAUGAAGCGCUCAAAUACAUCAGCUUUCCCACGCAGGUGUUGGCCAAGGCCUCUAAGGUGAUUCCCGUGAUGCUGAUGGGCAAGAUUGUCUCGCACAAGAGCUACGAGUACUGGGAAUACUUGACCGCCGUGCUGAUCUCUGUGGGCGUCAGCAUGUUCCUGCUGUCCAGCUCCACCGGCAAACAUCCGUCCACCGUCACCACCUUCUCCGGCGUCAUCAUCCUCGGAGGAUACAUUGUGUUCGACAGCUUCACCUCCAACUGGCAGGACAACCUCUUCAAAUACAAGAUGUCGUCGGUGCAGAUGAUGUUCGGCGUGAAUCUCUUCUCCUGCCUCUUCACGGUCGGCUCUCUGCUGGAACAGGGCGCCUUCUUCGACUCGCUCGCCUUCAUGACGCGCCACUCCGAGUUCGCUUUCCACGCCGUGCUGCUGUCCGUCUGCUCCGCGUGCGGACAGCUUUUCAUCUUCUACACCAUCGCGCAGUUCGGCGCGGCCGUCUUCACCAUCAUCAUGACUCUACGGCAGGCCAUCGCCAUCCUCCUGUCCUGCUUCCUCUACGGUCAUGCCGUCACCAUGGUGGGCGGCUUCGGGGUGGCCGUGGUCUUCCUCGCCCUUUUCCUCCGCGUCUACGCCCGCAGCCGCAUGAAGAAGACCAGCAAGCGGGUGACGCAAACGCCGGUUCAGAAGGUCUAGAUGAACAGCAGUCGUUCGGAUGUGUACAGAUGCCACAUUUUCGUGGUUUAAUUUGUCCUUUUUGUUUUCUGCAAAACUGUGGGUUUGUAUUUUGUAAGGUCAAAAGGUACAGAAAGGGAUUACGCUGUAUUUCAAAGGGAUUUUGGCUCGGCACUUGUGUCUUUGUGUGGGAAAUGACUUCACGAG